UGGAAAUCGGCUAAACGAAAUUCAGGUGUGCGCAACGAGCGCAAGGGCAGAGCAGCCUUCUAUGGAAGGGUGAUGUAAGGAACGCGCCGCUCCGAGGCGUAUAUAAGGCCCCCUGCACACCGCGUCUCAUCCCCAGCUCCUGCUACUUUUACUCUCAUCCACACUUACACUUGCAAACAUGGGUUGGUUCGACAACAAGGAAGACGACUACAACAACGUCGUCAACGCCCCCCACAAGGCGGAGUUGUCUCAUGAGCUGAUCGCCGCCGCUGCUUCCUACGAGGCUGCCAAGGCCUACGAGAAGCACGUCUCGGCCAACGGCAAGCCUGCGAGCCACGCUGAGGCGAAGGAGCUCCUUGCUGGUUUCGCUGGUGCCUUCGUUGACCGCAUCGCUGAGACCAAGGGUCUCGACUUCGUUGACCGCGAGAAGGCGAAGCGUCAGGCCAACGACCAGACCAACGUCGAGAUCGUCCAGACCGAGUACGGCCAAUACUAAGCGUCUCGCUCCGACGCCCAGGGGGGAAUGUGUAUUGAAGUCUAGCUAUGUUGUACAUCGAUGAAAUGAAGCUCGUACUGUGAUACCAUCCGA